AGCUUACCACAACUUAAUUUCUUUCUCACGUUAAGUUGUGAACUACCCAGGGGCCUCAUCCUUUUAAAGACUUUUUGGCUCUGAUUCUCCAUCUGAGCAAAUUCAUUUAAAGCUCUGAGAAUUUAAAGUCUCCCCAAAUGGAUAACAAACUGGAUGUCUUCAGGAGGGAGUUAUUGGAUGUUCAAGGUGUCCCUAUCAUUUGGAGCAUUGCUGAGUAUUGGUCCCAAGUCGAGUCAUUUGAAGCCCGACCUGAUGACCUUUUGAUCUCUACCUAUCCCAAAUCUGGAACAACUUGGGUCAGUGAAAUACUGGAUUUGAUCUACAACAAUGGGGAUGCAGAGAAAUGCAAAAGGGAUGCAAUCUACAAACGAGUACCAUUCAUGGAGUUUAUAAUUCCUGGAAUAACUAAUGGUGUUGAAAUGCUGAACAACAUGCAGUCUCCUCGAAUAGUGAAAACACAUCUUCCUGUUCAGCUGCUUCCUUCCUCAUUCUGGAAAAAUGACUGCAAGAUGAUCUAUGUGGCACGGAAUGCCAAAGAUGUGGUUGUUUCUUACUAUUAUUUCUACCAAAUGGCAAGAAUACACCCAGAGCCUGGCACCUGGGAAGAGUUCCUCGAGAAAUUCAUGGCUGGGCAAGUGAGCUUUGGUUCCUGGUAUGAUCAUGUGAAGGGAUGGUGGGAAAAAAGGAAAGAAUAUCGGAUCCUUUACUUGUUUUAUGAAGACAUGAAAGAAAAUCCAAAGUGUGAAAUUCAAAAAAUAUUAAAGUUUCUAGAAAAAGACAUACCAGAAGAAAUUGUAAAUAAAAUCCUCUACCAUAGCUCUUUCAACGUAAUGAAGGAGAAUCCUAGUGCAAAUUACACUACUAUGAUGAAAGAAGAGAUGGACCACUCUGUGUCUCCUUUCAUGAGAAAGGGCAUUUCAGGCGAUUGGAAGAAUCAGUUCACUGUAGCCCAGUAUGAGAAAUUUGAAGAAGAUUAUGUCAAGAAAAUGGAAGAUUCAACACUGAAGUUUAGAUCAGAGAUCUAAGGCGUGUUUGUUUCUUCUCAGUCUCCUUUGUCAGGCACUAACAGUAGAGAAAAAGCACAUUCAUGGCUCAGUCAAAGAAAAUGGUGUAUAUUAUUUUUCUGAACUUACUAAAACUCAUGGUCUUGAAAUAUACAGAUAUCAGGUAAUAAUUCUCUUCUAAUUAUAUUCCUUACCGAAAGGUUCAUAAUAGUUUCCCUUUUUACUUUCAGUUAUCAAAAUAAUACAAUUUUAAGAGGCUUUAUAACAGAGUAUUUUUUAGCUUCAGUUCCUAAUAGCUUCCAGUCUGUAUAUAGUCUAGGUGCCCUCCUAGAGGAAGAUUACAUUUCAUUAACUAAUUCAACUUCAUCUGUGGUUAUUUUGCAUUUUAAAAUAUUACAUCAUUAACAUUGCCAAAUUAUUUAAAUUCAUUCAU